CGCCGCUGUAAAAACCAGCAAUGCAAGUUUGAGAGGAGAGCCCCCGACAAAUCUCACGAGAAUCACAACAUGCUUUAUACGUCAUUCAGCAGUCUUGCAGCGUGCAGCCUGAACCCCUGCAGGAAAUCCACCCUUACAAGAUGUAAAUUCAGUCAAUCUGUUGGAUGAGAUUUGUUCCUGGGCCCCAAGUGGGGAAAGUGUGGCGGUGUGCGACCCUGUAAAGCCUUGCACUCCUCAGCCCUUCUUGUUCGUCAGCACGGCAGCUGGGUGCGGUUCGAGGACCCGGUCAUCCGCCUUGGAUCCCUGGUCAUCCUGUGGAUUCAGCAUCCAGCAGAGAGGAUCUGUGUGUUCAGUCAUGGACAGGAGUGUGUUUGUGCUGCUGUUGCUGUCAGGACUCUUCUGGAGCAGUUCUGCUCUUUCUCGUCAGUAUCACUAUAUAAAUGUGAGAAUGUCGUGGCCAGAGGCUCAGAGUUACUGCAGAGAGAAGUACACUGACCUGGCUACUGUAGACACCAUGGAUGAUGUGAACCGGCUGGUGAAUAUAGUGGAUGCUGGAUACAGUGGAUCAGUGUGGAUUGGACUGAAGAGAGGGACACAGACACGCUGGGCUUGGUCUAAUGGAGAAAAUAUUCAGUACAUUAACUGGAAUUCAGGACAGCCAAAUGAGAAUGCAGAUUGUGCAUCUAUUCUUUCCGGGUCCUGGUUUGAUACAAAUUGUAGCUCUGACCGAUAUUUUGUUUGCUACAAGGAAAAUAAUGGAUACACCUUGGAAAACACUGCUAAAACUUGGAGUGAUGCUCAGAGCUACUGCAGACAUUAUCACACAGAUCUGCCCACUAUACACAGCUCUGAGGAAAAUCAACAGAUAACUCAGAUUCUUUUAUCUGAAUAUUACAUCUGGAUUGGUCUGUUCCAGGACUCUUGGGAAUGGUCUGAUAAAUGGAGCCGCUUCUUUAGAAACUGGGCAGCAGGACAACCAUCCCAGACUUCAGGAUCUGGAGACUGUGUCGGCAUGUCGACAACCAAUUCUGGGAAAUGGGCUCAUGAAAGCUGUGAUCUACAGCAACCUUUUAUCUGCUAUGGAGAGGAAAGGAGAAAGCAGAUCGUCAGACUGACAUUCUCCUGUAAUGGAGAAUGCACGUUGAAUGAUCCCUCACGUCAGACUGCCAUUCUGAAUCAGAUCAGUGAUAAGCUGAAGAUCUUGGGGCUGGAAAGUGACAGUGAAAUAACCUGGAGGAAAGAGGAAGGCGAAGAGGUGUUUCAUGAGGAGAUCAUCCAUGUGGUGAAUUCAAAUAAUGCGUGUAAUAGCAAUCACUAGUGCUCUUUUUAAAGUAAACUUAAACAAAUAAAAAACCUUAACUACAUUAAUCAAGACUAACUUUAUUUAUAAGUAAGAUUUUUUAUGUUUUUAAAUGAAGUCUCUUUUGCUCACCAAGGCUGCUUUAUUUGAUGAA